GGGGCCGGAGCUGGACGGGGGCCCGCGAGGCGCAGGUGUGCUGCUGCGGCUGCGCGGCCCGUGACAGGUAUCUGCUCUAAAAUGGGCCCCUUGAUUGUACUCACUGGACUGUGGCUGUUUUCCUCAGUAAACGCAGAUUCGAAAGCUGUCACGACCUCUCUUACAACAAAGUGGCUUUCCACGCCAUUGUUGUUAGAAGCCAGUGAGUUUUUAGCAGAAGACAGUCAAGAGAAAUUUUGGAAGUUUGUAGAAGCCAGUCAGAAUAUUGAAUCGUCUGAUCAUGGUACUGACUAUUCCUACUAUCAUGCAAUAUUGGACACUGCAUUUCAGUUUUUGUCACCUCUACAGCAGAAUUUAUUGAAAUUUUGCCUGUCUCUUCGUUCUUACUCGGCUACAAUUCAAGCCUUCCAGCAGAUAGCAGCUGACGAACCUCCCCCAGAAGGAUGUGCUUCUUUUAUAUCAGUACAUGGAAAGAAGACUUGUGAUUUUGACACCCUUGAGAAUCUUGUGCUUACAGCCUCUAAGAGACCCAAACCGUUACUAUUUAAAGGAGAUCAUGUCUAUCCCUCAUCUAAUCCUGAAAGCCCAGUGGUGAUUUUCUACUCUGAAAUCGGCUAUGAGGAAUUUUAUAAUUUCCAUCACCAACUUAUAUCAAAGAGUAAUGCAGGCCAAAUCAUUUAUGUACUUCGACAUUAUAUAUCUAAUCCCAGGAAGGAGCUUGUUUAUCUCUCUGGCUAUGGUGUGGAAUUGGCCAUUAAAAGCACUGAGUACAAGGCCAAGGAUGAUACUCAGGUGAAAGGAACUGAAGUAAACGCCACUGUAAUAGGUGAAAAUGAUCCUAUUGAUGAAGUUCAGGGAUUUCUCUUUGGAAAAUUAAGAGAGCUGCACCCUCAGCUGAGGGGACAGCUGAAAGAGCUCAGAAAGCAUCUUGUGGAAAGUACCAAUGAAAUGGCUCCUUUAAAAGUCUGGCAGUUGCAAGACCUAAGUUUUCAAACUGCUGCCCGAAUCUUGGCUGCCCCUGCUGAGUUAGCUUUGGUAGUUAUGAAGGAUCUUAGUCAAAACUUUCCCACCAAAGCCAGAACAAUAACCAAAACAGCUGUGAGUUCAGAACUUAGAGCCGAAGUGGAGGAGAAUCAAAAGUAUUUCAAAGGAACUUUAGGAUUACAGCCUGGGGAUUCGGCACUGUUCAUCAAUGGACUUCAUAUUGACUUAGACACACAAGACAUAUUCAGUCUGUUUGAUAUAUUAAGGAAUGAAGCUCGGGUAAUGGAAGGAUUGCACAGACUGGGGAUAGAAGGCCUUUCUCUGCAUAAUGUUUUGAAACUGAAUAUCCAGCCUUCGGAGGCAGACUAUGCAGUGGACAUCAGGAGUCCUGCAAUUUCAUGGAUCAACAACUUGGAAGUGGAUAGCAGAUAUAAUUCAUGGCCUUCUAGCCUCCAAGAAUUGCUUCGACCCACCUUUCCUGGUGUUAUUCGGCAGAUUAGAAAAAACUUGCAUAACAUGGUUUUCAUUGUGGAUCCUGCCCACGAAACCACAACAGAAUUGAUUAAUACCGCUGAGAUGUUCCUCAGUAAUCAUAUACCACUAAGACUUGGCUUUAUUUUCGUGGUCAAUGAUUCUGAAGAUGUCGAUGGGACACAAGAUGCUGGAGUGGCUAUUCUGAGAGCAUAUAAUUAUGUUGCCCAAGAAGUGGAUGAUUACCAUGCUUUCCAGACUCUAACACAUAUCUAUAACAAAGUGAGAACUGGUGAGAAAGUGAAAGUUGAACACGUGGUCAGUGUCUUGCAGAAGAAAUACCCAUAUGUGGAAGUGAACAGCAUUUUGGGGAUUGAUUCUGCAUAUGAUCAGAAUCGGAAGGAAGGAAGAGGCUAUUAUGAGCAGACUGGGGUUGGCCCCCUACCCAUCAUUCUGUUCAAUGGGAUGCCCCUUGAAAAAGAGCAGCUGGAUCCAGAUGAGUUGGAAACCAUAACAAUGCACAAGAUCCUGGAGACUACGACCUUUUUUCAAAGAGCAGUGUACUUGGGAGAAUUGUCCCAUGAUCAAGAUGUGGUAGAAUAUAUCAUGAAUCAACCAAAUGUUGUUCCACGAAUUAAUUCAAGGAUUUUAACAGCUGAGAGGGAAUACCUGGAUUUAACAGCAACCAAUAACUUUUUCGUGGAUGAUUAUGCUAGAUUUACUGUCUUGGAUUCACAAGGCAAGACUGCUGCUAUAGCCAAUAGUAUGAACUACCUGACAAAGAAAGGAAUGUCAUCCAAGGAAAUCUAUGAUGACUCUUUUAUUAGGCCAGUAACUUUUUGGGUCGUUGGGGAUUUUGAUAGCCCUUCUGGAAGACAGUUACUCUAUGAUGCUAUUAAACAUCAGAAAUCCAGUAACAAUGUUCGAAUAGCCAUGAUCAAUAAUCCUAGCGAAGAUUUAAAUUACGAGAACACUCAGAUCUCCAGGGCCAUAUGGGCAGCUCUUCAAACACAGAACUCCAACUCGGCCAAGAAUUUCAUCACGAAAAUGGCCAAGGAGGAGACUGCAGAGGCUCUGGGUGCAGGAGCUGAUAUCAAGGAGUUUUCUGUUGGGGGCAUGGAUUUCAGUCUUUUUAAAGAGGUCUUUGAGUCUACCAAAAUGGAUUUCAUUUUGUCUCAUGCCAUGUACUGCAGGGAUGUUCUGAAGUUGAAGAAGGGACAGAGGGCAGUGAUCAGCAAUGGACGGGUCAUUGGUCCGCUGGAGGAUAGUGAACUCUUUAAUCAAGAUGAUUUCCACCUCCUGGAAAAUAUCAUCUUAAAAACCUCGGGACAGAAAAUAAAAUCUCAUAUUCAGCAGCUUCGAGUAGAAGAAGAUGUGGCAAGUGACUUGCUUAUGAAGGUGGAUGCUCUUUUGUCAGCCCAGCCAAAAGGAGAUGCAAGAAUCGAGUACCAGUUUUUUGAAGGCAGGCACAGUGCAAUUACACAGAAGCCAAAGGAAGGGGAGACGUACUUCGAUGUUGUGGCGGUUGUUGACCCUGUCACCAGAGAAGCACAAAGACUUGCCCCGUUGCUCUUGGUUUUAAGCCAGCUGGUCAACAUGAAUCUAAGAGUAUUUAUGAACUGCCAAUCUAAACUUUCUGACAUGCCUUUAAAAAGCUUUUACCGCUAUGUCUUGGAACCGGAGAUUUCAUUUACUUCGGAGAAUAGCUUUGCUAAAGGACCAAUAGCCAAGUUUUUGGAUAUGCCUCAGACUCCACUGUUCACCCUGAAUUUGAACACCCCUGAAAGUUGGAUGGUAGAGUCUGUCAGGACGCCAUAUGAUCUUGAUAAUAUUUAUUUAGAAGAGGUGGACAGUAUAGUGGCUGCUGAAUAUGAGCUGGAAUACUUGCUACUAGAAGGUCACUGCUAUGACAUCACCACAGGCCAGCCUCCACGAGGCCUGCAGUUCACACUGGGAACAUCAGCCAAUCCUGUCAUUGUGGACACCAUUGUUAUGGCCAACCUGGGUUACUUUCAGUUAAAAGCCAAUCCAGGAGCUUGGAUUCUCAGAUUAAGAAAAGGACGUUCUGAAGAUAUUUAUAGAAUCUACAGUCACGAUGGCACAGAUUCUCCACCUGAUGCUGACGAUGUGGUUGUGGUCCUCAACAACUUUAGAGCAAAAAUUAUUAAAGUGAAGGUUCAGAAGAAGGCAGACAUGGUGAAUGAAGACUUGCUGAGUGAUGGAACUAGAAAUGAGUCUGGAUUUUGGGACUCUUUCAAAUGGAGUUUUUCAGGAGGACAGAAAACUGAGGAUGUUAAACAAGAUAAAGAUGACAUAAUUAAUAUCUUCUCUGUUGUAGGUCAUCUCUACGAAAGAUUUCUUCGCAUUAUGAUGCUCUCAGUGCUGAAGAAUACCAAGACUCCUGUGAAAUUCUGGUUCUUGAAGAAUUAUUUGUCCCCCACUUUUCAAGGUUAUGAGUUUAUCCCUUAUAUGGCAAAGGAAUACAAUUUCCAGUACGAGCUUGUUCAGUACAAAUGGCCUCGCUGGCUCCAUCAGCAGACGGAGAAGCAGCGCAUCAUCUGGGGCUACAAGAUCCUCUUCCUGGACGUGCUCUUCCCACUCGUUGUGGACAAGUUCCUGUUUGUGGAUGCGGAUCAGGUAACAGACCUGAAAGAGCUCAGAGAUUUCAAUCUGGAUGGUGCCCCUUAUGGCUAUACUCCUUUCUGUGAUAGCCGGAAAGAAAUGGAUGGCUACAGGUUCUGGAAGUCAGGGUACUGGGCCAGUCAUUUAGCUGGACGAAAGUAUCACAUCAGUGCUCUCUUUGUGGUGGACCCUGAGAAGUUUAGGAAAAUAGCUGCUGGUGAUAGACUCAGGGGACAAUACAAGGUCCUGAGCCAAGACCCUAACAGCCUUUCAAUCUUGAUCAGGUAAGAUUUGCCCAAUAAUAUGAUCCAUCAGGUGCCGAUUAAAUCUCUCCCUCAGAAAUGGCUUUGGUGCGAAACAUGGUGUGACGAUGCCUCUAAGAAAAGUGCAAAAACCAUCGACUUGUGUAAUAAUCCAAUGACCAAAGAGCCCAAACUGGAAGCAGGUCGAAUUGUACCAGAAUGGCAGGACUAUGAUCAAGAGAUCAAACAGCUACAGAUCCGAUUUCAGACAGAAAAAGAAAGGGUAGAAUCUGUAUAUAGAAGAGCAGAAGAGCCACGCUACGAAGGGCUUACUCCUGGCUCUGUGCUCAGGAAUUACUCCUGGCGGGCUCGGGGAAUCAUAUGGGGGUGCCGGGGAUCGAACCCGGGUCGGCCGCAUGCAAGGACCGCAGAAACGAGAAGAAUUAUGAUCUCCGGAGGAGGCUAG